AUGCCGUCUAUUUCGUCAACCAUCUUUUCUCUUGCGUCCCUGUUGGCUGUUGCCCAGGCUCACGGUGUUGUCUUAGGGGCACAGGGUAUUCAAGGUUCGCCUGAAAGUGUCGGCUUCAAGGUAGAACCCGAAUUGGCGAGAAAUUGCACAUCUAUCAGCCCGUGCCAACAAGACACGACAAUUAUCCGAGAUGCCGAGAUCGCCGCGAACGUAGUGAACGAGUGCGGACGAACAGAACUAUCGGGUAACAUCGAUAUCGGAGAGAACACGGAGAACGCGCUUGCUGCUGGCGCUGUCACUCAAGUCAAGGCUGGAACACAAGUCAAGGUUACCAUCCACCAAGUUAACGCUGAUGGUGCCGGUCCCUACGCCUGCGACCUGGUCGAGGCUGGUAACAAUGGUGUCAUCACUCAGAACCUGACAGUUGAGAACAACGUUCCCGGUGUCAACGGUUUCUCCCAGGCCAAGACUCAGCAAUUCGAGAUCCUCGUAAACAUGCCUGAGAAGUUCUCUUGCAGCGGAUCUUCUGCUGGUAACGUCUGCACUGUCCGUUGCCGAAACAAUGCUCUCGCUGGUCCUUUCGGUGGAUGUUUCCCCGUUCAACAGGUCGAUGUUGAGCCUAGCCAGAACACUGCUGCUAAGGUCCCCACGUCGCUGUCUCUUGAGAAGGUCUUCAAGCAGGUUUCCCAGGACCAGGCUGACCUCCCCGCUGCUAUCGCCGCUAUUCAAGACGCGGGCAGUGAUGAGGGUUUGAAGAACGCGGCUGUUGUCAGCUCGCUUUUGAAGCAGACUGUUACUAGCUUACCCGCUUCUUUCCAGUCUCUUGACAUUGUCACGGGACAAGCUGAAGCCACGGCCACAGCUGAUGCUGGAGCUACCACUACCAGUGCCGCUGCGACUGCUACCGCCACUAGCGGAAGCGGACGCAACGGAAAUGGACGUGGUAACAAGGGAAACAACGGCAAUGGUAAUGCCAAUGCCGGUAACAACGCCAACGCCGGUACUAACAAUGCUGGUACUGGUAACGCUGGAAAGGGCCGAAACAAUGGCUUCGGUGGCUUCGGCAACCGACGCAGAACCGUCUUCCGUGCGUAG